AUGACGGUCAAGGAGAGGACCCCCAUCUCCCCGGAGGCUGCACCUAAUUUAGAAGUUGCAAGGCAGCGCCUCUCAACAGACGGGUGCUCUGCACUCGAAGAUGCCACGAUCGCGCAGGAUCUGGCUGUUAUGGAGCGGAAAGAGUGGCCUUGGCACACAAUAGAUGGCGUGAACAUAUUCAAAAAACACGUUCUCGAAGAUCAGAUCAUCAUGCAACUCGGUCAGCAUUUCCUUGGGAAGCGCGUUAUGGUGCACUGCCUCAGACAACAUAUGUACCCCGGCCGUGUUUUUUUAUGGACGAAAGGUGGCCCGGAGGUCGGUCUACGGAGUCAUCUAAUCCACCUAUAUCCUGAAGGGGCAAUCGUGAGAUAUAUAUGUGGUUCUCACCUACAUGAUGUCCCAGCAGAAGAGGGGGUUCGGAGUGUGAAUGAGGUUGAUGAACAGGAAUAUGAGAAAGCGGGCUGUACUAGUUUCACCAAAAAGACUGGUGGGAAGUAA